UAACAGCACAGCGUGGACACCCUGCCGCUGACUAGACAUUUAGUGAGUUUUGUGCCUCCAACGGAGAGGACGCUACCUGGUUCAAUUUAGCGAUUUCAGAAUGAGGAAGCGUCUGAUCCAAGUAUUUGGCUUUGUGGUCACAUCACUGGGAUGGCUGUUUGUGCUGUGCACCAUGGCCAUGGACUAUUGGAGGAUCACUCAACUCGGAGGACAAGGAGGCUCGUUUAUCAUCAAAGUGGCCUGGUACUGGUCCAACCUGUGGAAGGACUGUUUCACCGACUCCACAGCGGUCACCAACUGCAGAGACUUCCCUGUGCUCUGGAGCGUCACCCCUUUCGUCCAGGGAGUGCGAGGGUUACUGAUGUGCGGGUUAGCUCUUGGGUUCUUUGGUGUAGUGCUUUGCUUUGUUGGUAUGGAGUGCACUUAUAUUGGUGGAGCGGAUAAAACCAAGGACAAGCUGCUCCUUGCCGGAGCAGUGUUUCACUUUGCUGGAGGCGUGUCCGAUAUUUCUGGCUACUGCUUAUACAUCAACAGGAUCGCCAGAACAACCUUUGCUGCCAGCGUAGGGCCAGGAGUCUUACGGUAUGACCUCGGACCUCCAAUAUUCCUCGGAUUGGUGGGGUGUUUUUGCAUCCUUUUAGGGGCUGUGUUUUACGCUGUGACAGUCUAUCGAGUAAUCUGCUCUGAAAGCAAAGUAGUAUACGCCUAUGGAGGAGGCACAUACAUGGCCCCUCGCUCCAGAGGAAGAACCCUGUACACCGGAUACUACAGACCCUCCAGGCAGUACGGAUCUUACAUGGGCUCAGGACGCACCGGCAGUUCCAAGAUCUCAAACAUCUCUCAGACAACGCCGACAAAAUACUCAGAAAGAGACGCUUUUGUGUAGAAGCCCGAAGCUGAAACACAACAAAUCACAUCCGAUAGCUCUAAAUCAGAUUAACUAACAAUCAGCACGCAUCUCAGAUUGUAGCUAGGAUGAAGAGCCCCUCAGCUUCCUCUUCAGUGCAGCAUAUGUAUAAUUGUAUUUUUUUUUUGUUGGUAUCUUCUGUAUAAAAUACACUGUCUUGUGUUUACUUGUUGUUGGCUAACUUUGUUGUUAUUUAACCUAAGCACGUACUCCAAUCGUGGACUGUACAGACAGAUUAUGACUACGGUUAAUGUCACAGCACACUCCAUGGAUUGAUGCAUGCAUAAUAAAAUGAAAUUUGUACCUA